AUGGAGUCCUUUGGGUAUUCAUCUUAUGCGACAAAGAAUGUGACCACUGGCAAGAAAUCUAGGGGGUGCGCCACUUUCGUUGCUAACAGUUUGGGUUCACAAUUGAUCAACUCUUUCGACAACAGUGAUGGUGCUGCACUUGCCAUCUGCACAGGUGCUACCCUGGUGCUCAAUUGCUAUGCACCUCCUCGUGCAGAUUGUGCAGCGGCCUCUGCAGGACACCUCAAUGAGCUCCUCAUUGGCAUUUCUUGGGAACAGAGGCAUGUUUGGGUUGGAGAUUGGAAUGUUCCAUUUGAGGACAACUGGGUUAAGUCACUAGCUUCUGACUACAAUUUGAGGGUUGCGUCAACAGUUGCCACGACCACGCGAUGGAAGGGCAGAACGGUGAUUGACUACUUUCUUCAUGAUUUUGGUGACACUUUGGCGCAUCCACUGGUUCAUGAAGUCAGUGAUCACAAGAUCAUUGAAGCAACCUUUCCAAUUCCGAGGAGCAGCUGCAAAGAGUUUGUCUUUCUCAAGCAGAAGCCAUUCAUACUUUCUGCCUGGCUGUCUCAGGAGAGAUGGAUUUGCCUAAUCAAAGAAGCUCAUUGCAUUGGAGACUGCAAUGGAUGGGAUGAAGUUUGCAACGCUUUGGAACCAUGCACUGCAGAAACAGCGAGCCCCUCAGAGGACUUGGAUCAAGCUUUGGCUGACUACAUGUGGAAUCUUACUAUGAUGAAGUUGGCUUGGACGUUGUCGAAAGCCUCUUACCUGGCGCUACUGGAGAUGCCUGAUGUUGUGACCAACUGGCAAAAUGUGAAGGAAGCCGACGUUGAGAAGCUGCGAAAGGUGGUUCAGCAGAUUGAAAAUGAUGAGAAACACGAGAACUUGGGGAGUUGGAGGAGGAAAAUGAAGCAGCUGAAAUAUCGCAGCCAAUGGUUGACAAAGGCAAAGGUGAGUCAUUUUCCCAAUCUUUGCGUUGGUGAGCAUGUCUUCCGUACGAAACAUGAGGCUGUGAGCAUGUUGUUUGAGCAUUGGGAUCAGUUACAGCGGCGUGUUCAAUGGUCUGACUAUGGCUUUGUUGAGCAAUCUGCAGACCUUAAGGAAUUCUUCAAGGAGCGUCUCCAAGUUGAUGCAUGUGGACCAGAUCACAAGGACUUUAUGAAGUCCCUCAGACGUGCCAAGGGUGCCCCAGGGUUGGAUCAGUGGACGGCUGAUGAAAUGCAUUGGCUGGGGAAUGUUCCAACAAUCGCCGAAGAAAUUUGGAGCGUGAUGCAGGGAUGGAGCUCCUGCACCCCAUCCAUUUCGCAGCAGCUGCGCAUGGCUUGGAUUCCGAAGCAGAAUGUGGAGGACUUUGUCAUCCCUCCCAAGAAGAUGAGGCCGAUUACUGUGAUGUCUGUUUGGUGGCGUGCUUUCAGCAGUACUUGGAUGCGGUCCAAACCGAUCAAGGGCAUCAUCGCAAAGAUGCCACAGAGCAUACAUGGCAUCAAAGGUCGUGGACCAGAGGUAGCUGCAUUUAUCGUUGAUGCUGCGGUCAAGAAGUCGAAGUUUGCUUGCACUUUAGAUUUCACCAGCUGCUUUGAUACGGUGAAUGUCAAACUACUUCAUGAGGCUGAAGCAGUGAUCACUUUUGCAGAAGAUGAGAAGAAAGCUGAGGAAGAAAGAUUUGCAAUGACCAUGAACGAUCCAAUCAGAGAACGUGCUCAGUUGGACCAGCAGCAAUCCUCAGUGUUUGGUGAUGGUGCUCAGGGUGAACCGGUUGUGGUGCAUGUCCCUGUUCCAGUUGCCUCUCAAGCUGGAGAAUCUUCAAGCGCAAUGGCCAUGGAUCCUGGACUCAUGGUUCCUGUCACGCCUCCAAGGGACUAUGAAGUUGUUGAGAGUCCAAGGGGUUCUUCGACUUUGAGGGCGUCAGAUGGAGGAGGAGAUGAGGAUGUGGAAUCCAAAAGAGCGCGUGUUGAAGAAGCAAAGAAGCAACGUAUCAACAGAUUGCGUUUGGAGUAUGAACAGAGAAUCAGUGCGGUGAAGAUUGCAUACAAGGAAUACUUCAUGUUGAUGAAGAUCUAUGGGUUAUGUGUUGCAAUGGGCCUUGAGCCAACGGGAGCAGCAGCUCAGCAGUGCAUUGCUCCUGGUGUGGUCUACAAAGACCAAGUGGCAUACGGUACAAUUUUCAUGGUGGUUUUGCUUGCGUGUGCAAUGGUUGGACUGGCAAUGUCUGGAUGGAAAAAACUGAAGGAAGCAAUGCGAGAUGUGGAAUCCAUUCAGGUGCAAUUGGCAGAUCACUACGACUAUGCAGCAUGGUUGUGUGAACGUUUGGAUAACCUGAGCUAUGGAGAGACAAAUGAUGAGAGAUUGAAUCAAACCAGUGUCAGAUUGACAGUGCUGGAAGCAGGUAUCAGAGAUGGGAUGCAAGUCCUGGAUGAGACGACAGAUCAACUGAGAUAUGGGCUGAUGGAGCUGGGAGGAUUCAUGCGAGAUCAGGCUCUUACAGCUGCUCAGAGAUUUCACAUGUUCAUUCAGGAACGUGCCAACGUCGUUUUGUGGCAGAUGAAACAGAGGAACCCAGACACCACUGACGAGGUUCAACAUGAACACCAUGAAGGAGGAGAAUCAGAGGUUGCAACAGAUGAUGAAGAGCCAGGGCCAUCAACACCGGCUACAGGGCUGACAAGGCUCCUUUCAGUUCUGAGAGGGGAGCAAAAUGCAGCGCUGGCACAAGAAGCUUUCAGCGAUGCCAGCCAGAUUCAAAAUGGAAUUCUGGCAGUUCUUGGAGCGCCAGAAACAGAGGUGAAGAUGAACGUGUCGGAUGGUGCUCAGAUCAUUGCUGUUGAAACACCAGAGGAAGUUUCAACCUUAGCAGCGAACCACAGGAAUGCACCAGUGCACAAUGUCCUGGAGGAGAACGCAGUGCCCUGGGCCCAGCCCCGGUUGUCUGUGCAGUCUUCAAGACCACCUCUUAGAAGCCGAGUCAAUGUCGCUGUCCGUGCUUGGCUAGGUCUGCCCGUGCCUGCGCAACAAGAGCUGGACUUGCGCAGACUUCAAGCGGAGGAGUUUGGCAUCACCUUCGGUGUUCCAACGGGCGAUGCAGCAAUCAUUAAGGCGGUGAAGAGGGUAAUCAUCCUGUCAGUGAUUAGUUGCACCUACUAUGUUUGUGCCUUCAUCGCAAGACUUUUGCUUGGUCAAUAUAGCGAUCCAGGCAACCCGAACUCGCCAGAUGAGCUGUGGUCUGGCUGUUCCCAGCUCAUCAUUGAGCUUAGCAUCCCUGCCUGUGGCUACUAUGGAGCGUUGUACACACAUAGGACGUUGCUCUUCUUUUUUUGCGGGGCUAACCUGAUCUUUGUGGUGGCCUCCGGGAUCAACUUCCUUCGCUUUGUGAUUCGCAUGGGUGGAGGUGCUGAGGCGUGUGAGUUGGAAGCCUACACUGCUCAGCAGCGGGACUGCGAAAUGCUCCACAGCAACGGCCCGUUGCGGUUCCUGUUCCUCAGCAGCCUGCUGGCACUCACAUGGUUUAGCUGCCUCUCGUUUGGUGCUGGCAAGGGCCUUUACCAGGGCUUGGCGCCCGGCGAAACGCACCCCUACUCGUCUGUGCCCAUCAUCGGUGAGGUCAUUGCCACUCCAGAGGUCGGUGCGCCGAACACGCACCAAAGAGAUUCAGAUCGGCAAGUGACGCAGAUGGCAGCUCUCCUGUCCACGGAAGCCGCGCGUCAAGCUCGCGCUGCAUUGGAGCGGGGAAGCCAUUCGUCAAACUCACCUUCGCCACCUUUGUCAUGA